AUGAAGGAACUCUUACACAUUCAUAAGCCUAUCAUGCUGGACAGUACCAACUUUGGUCACUGGAAAGUGAGGAUGCAACACAUCAUCAGAGGAGUUGAUGAAGAUGCUUGGAUGUCUGUAGAAGAUGGUUGGAGUGCUCGUACCGUUGUCUUGGAAGGUAAGUCUGUUGGUCAAAAGCCUAAAGACCAGUGGACUGAUGGUGAGAAGAAAGCGUCUAAGUUCAACUCUAAAGCUCUAACUAUCAUAUUCUCGCCAGUAGAUGUUAAGCAGUUCAAGAUCAUACAAGGAUGUGAAUCUGCCAAGCAAGCGUGGGAUACGCUCAUAAAUCACUUUGAAGGAAAUACCAGUGUGAGAAGGACACGCCUUGAUCACCUAGCCUCCAAGUUUGAGAACCUGAGAAUGAGUGAUGAUGAGCCGAUUGAUGGAUUCAUAUGCAAGAUCAGUGAAUUGGCAAGUGAAGCGUCUGUUCUUGGCAAGAAGUAUGAAGAAAAGGAUUUGGUGAAGAAGCUGCUAAGGUACUUACCACCACGGUUUGAAGCUUAUAAAGCUGUUCUCACACUUGCUGUUGACACAGAUGAGAUGAAGUUUGAUCAACUCUCAGGCAUUCUGAAGGUGCAUGAUCUUGAGAAAACCGACCGACAAUCUACUAACCAGAAGAGCAUUGCCUUCACAGCUGAGUCUAAGGAUGAUGGUCGAGUCACUAAGAUUGAAGAGAAUCUGAUUUUAAUGGCUCGAAACUUCAACAAGUUUGUCAAGCGUAUGGAGAAAGGUUACGGCCACUUCAGAAGCGAGUGUCCCCUUGCUAAGAGAAAAGAGCAAAAAUGUAUUGAGUGUAAAGGCAUUGGGCAUACACGCAGUGAGUGUCCUAGCUUUCUCAAGAAAGAGAAGUCUCUCAUGCGCUUCAGUGACACUGAAUCUGAAAGCGACAGUGACGAAGGUGAGCUGCACCUAAACUUCAUGACUCUAAUUGGCCAAGAAAGUGGAAAAGAUUCUAAUGCUUACAGCGAGGAUGAUGAUGAUCUUGAGCAAAAUCUUGAAACUGAGUACAAGACUCUAUUUGACAAGUUCUCUGAUCUCAGUCAUGAGAAUCUCGAGCUUCUCAAGGAGAAAGCAAUGCUGAAAGCUCAGAUUAACAUACUGGAACUUGAUCAGCCUUCCACCAAGACAAAAGCUUACUCAAUUGACCGAGAGUCGGAUCAAGAAGUUCUUGCACUUAAGAGAGCAAUGACAGAGCAGGAACGAGUUCGUAAGGAAGCUGAAGAACACGUACAAACGUUGAGCGAUCUCUUAGCCGUAGAGACUGAUCGAAGUACGCUACUCGAAAGUCAACUAACUGAAAAUCACAAGAAGGUUCGCAUGCUCUCAGCUGGACACAACGCUAGGUUAUGUUACUUUCGAAGACGUCAGUAUGAGAGAGCAUGGAGGUUGAACUUGUGUUUCACCAAACCAACUGCUUACGGUUGCGUGUGGAUAGCCAAACGUGAUCUAUAUCCGAACUACAAAGAGAACACUCACUCUGAACUAAACACCGUUUCUGUUAACUCACACACUGAAGCAGAACAUGAUCUUGUUUGCAACUUUGUACGAAUACAAGUACACACAGAGAUCGUUAGUAAUGUUGCUUAUACCUCUGCUGAAGAAGCAUCACAAUCUCAACUUCCCUGGUAUUUUGAUAGUGGGUGCUCAAAGCAUAUGACUGGAAAUGAAGACUAUCUUGAGAAACUCGAAUUCAUCAGAGGUGGAAAAGUUACUUUUGGAGAUGGAGGACAAGGCAAAAUUCGUGCAAUUGGAAUAACCUCCAGACCUGAUGUGCCUAAACUCUCAAACGUUUACUUUGUUGAGGGUCUCAAGGCGAAUCUGAUCAGUGUGAGUCAACUAUGUGAUGAUGGAUUAGAGGUUAUCUUUAACAGCAAGGAAUGUCGCGCCGUUGAUGCAAGAAACAAUGUGGUGCUGAGAGGUAUUCGUUCAGGGAACAACUGCUAUCUUUGGAGACCUUCAAACGUGUGUUUUACGGCUACUGAAUCCAAACUUGAUCUCUGGCACAAGAAACUGGGUCACAUGAACACCAAUGGGCUUAGCAGACUCGUGAAUGCUGAAGUAGUAAGAGGUGUCCCUGAUUUGGAGAAACAGACAGAGAUAGUAUGUGGAGCAUGCUGCCAAGGAAAGUACACUUGGGUGGACUUCUUACGCAACAAGUCUGAUGCUCUUGAGAGUUUCAGAAUCCUGGCUCUUCAGCUCAAACAGGAUAAGGGAGGAAUCAUUCAGAUUAAGAGCGAUCAUGGGGGUGAGUUUCAGAAUGAGCAGUUUGAUAAGUUCUGUCACAGUCAAGGUAUCCGUCAUCAGUAUGCCGCUCCGAGAACUCCUUAA